CUGCCAGUAAUAAAAGGGAGGUCUCCCAUCCGCUCGGUUCAGUGGGCGGGGCGGGGAGGAGGACGAGGAGAAGAGUAGCUUCUUUCUUUCUUCCGUGCACGGAAAUAAAAAGAAGAAGCAAGAAGAGACCAAGGAAGCUGCUUUCUCCUUUCCUGUCCUCUCCUGAUUGUCUGCCCUCAUCUAAUCCCGCCCACAUCCGCACCUCUCCUCUCCUCUUCCUGAUCUUCUUCCUUGAUCUCUGCUCUCUCCAUCUCUCCCUCUCUCAAGGAAAAAGAGAAAAAAAAAAUCUUUUAAGAGAUUUGUAGCUAUUUGUCUGUCUGCGUGCCUGUUUAUUUAUAAAUUUAUUUAGUUUUCUAUCUUUCCAUCUAUCUCCCUAAUUAAAAAGGAAGAGGGAGGGAAAAAACUAGAAGAAGAAAAAGGAGAUCGAAAUAUUCAUGGGUUUCGAGGAAGAAAGAGGGGUUGUCGGCGGAGGACAGGGAUGGGGACGCGGGAUGCGGAGUUUGAUGAGGAGGAAGCAAGUGGAUUCGGAUCGGGCGAGGGCGGAAGCCGGGGGAACCCACCACCAUCAGCUCGCUAAGGAAUUGUCGAUUCCUCAGCUCGUUGCUAUAGGUGUUGGCUCAACCAUAGGUGCUGGAGUCUAUGUUCUUGUCGGAACUGUUGCUCGAGAGCACUCAGGACCAGCCUUGACCAUUUCCUUUCUGAUAGCUGGAAUAGCAGCUGCUCUUUCAGCCUUCUGUUAUGCUGAGCUUGCAAGCCGUUGUCCUUCUGCUGGAAGUGCAUAUCAUUAUUCAUACAUUUGUGUUGGAGAAGGUAUUGCUUGGUUGAUUGGUUGGGCUUUAAUACUAGAAUAUACAAUUGGUGGUUCAGCUGUUGCACGAGGCAUAUCCCCGAACUUGGCCUUGUUUUUUGGAGGACCAGAUAGCCUGCCUUCUUUUCUAGCACGUGCUCACAUUCCAGUCCUUGAUAUUGUUGUUGAUCCAUGUGCUGCAAUCCUUGUCUUGAUUGUCACUGGGCUGCUCUGUGUGGGAAUAAAGGAGAGUUCGUUUGUACAAGCCAUUGUUACAACUGCAAAUGUUUGUGUCAUGUUAUUUGUCAUUAUAGUUGGUGGAUAUAUCGGCUUUCAGACAGGAUGGGUUGGAUAUACUGUUGCCAGCGGAUACUUCCCUUAUGGAGUGAAUGGAAUGCUUGCUGGAUCAGCAACUGUUUUCUUUGCAUACAUAGGCUUUGAUUCAGUUGCCAGUACUGCUGAGGAGGUGAAAAAUCCGCAACGAGAUCUACCAUGGGGCAUUGGAACUGCACUGUCUAUAUGUUGCUUAUUGUAUAUGAUGGUUUCUGUUGUUAUUGUGGGCCUAGUUCCAUAUUUUGCAUUGGACCCAGAUACUCCAAUUUCAUCUGCAUUUGCAAGACAUGGGAUGCAGUGGGCAAUGUACAUUGUCACUACUGGCGCUGUCCUCGCUCUUUGCUCAACUUUGAUGGGCUCACUGCUUCCCCAGCCUAGAAUACUGAUGGCAAUGGCUAGAGAUGGAUUGUUGCCACCUUUCUUCUCGGAAGUUAACAAAAGCACCCAAGUUCCUGUCAAAAGCACAAUCUUAACUGGGAUCUGUGCAGCUGCCUUAGCUUUCUUCAUGGAUGUCUCACAGUUGGCAGGGAUGGUUAGUGUUGGCACUCUUCUUGCCUUCACCAUAGUUGCAAUUUCAAUCUUGAUACUCAGAUAUGUUCCGCCAGAUGAGGUUCCUCUUCCAUCAUCACUCCAAGAAUCAAUUGAAUCUGUAUCAUUUCGCUAUAGCGCUCAGGAAAGCAAUGAGCAAAAGGCGAAAGAAAUUGUUGGGACUCAGAACAUCGGCCAACAUCCUCAGGAUGGCACAUCUCAUACAAAUAAAGUGGAAGCAUGUGUUGAGCAUCCUCUCAUUGCAAAGGAGAUUAACCAGGAAAAAAUGAAUGAGCAAACACGGCGUAAGAAAGCAGCUUGGAGUAUAGCAUGUGUAUGCAUCGGAGUUCUCAUCCUCACUUCUUCAGCUUCAGCUACAUUCUUGCCAGUCUUUGUACGUUAUUCAGCAUGCUUUGUUGGUGGCUUGCUCCUCCUUGGUGGUCUUGUCAUACUCUCCUGGAUCGACCAAGAUGAUGGGCGGCAUAGUUUUGGACAUGCUGGAGGAUUUAUAUGUCCUUUUGUUCCCUUUCUACCAAUUUGCUGCAUCCUCAUAAACGCAUACUUGCUGAUAAAUCUUGGUGCCGGCACGUGGAUCCGUGUAUCUAUCUGGCUGGUGAUCGGGGUUUUCGUAUAUCUGCUCUAUGGACGAACCCACAGCUCGCUUACUGGUGUUGUGUAUGUGCCUGUGGCGCAUGCAGAUGAGAUAUAUAGAACUUCCUUGGAGUACGUGGCUUAAAGUGCUUCAUGACUACGUGUGCCAGCCACCUUUGUUUUCAUGACUACGUCCUUGGUCUGUGUACAAAGAUAUCUGUGUGAUAGACGAAGCCUGCCUACUCCGAAAGGAAUGUAAAUUGUCUGCAGCAACGAGUGGAAAAGAUACUUUUUAUUAGAUGGGACAGGAAUUUCACAUGUACCCCUGACUGGGGUGCAUUUGUCUGUGCUAUUUUAACUUCAAGGACUGUAGCAUUUGCUUGGCCUUUGCUGUCUGCUUCCCUUCCCUUUAUUUUCUUUUGUAAAUAAAUCCGGUAAUCUGAAGACUCAUUUGACAUA